AUGACAGUCACAGAUGUCGUGGGAAAGAUAUUGGAAGAUUUGAGGGAAAAGGCCCUUAUACACUCAAAAAGAAACAAAAAACAUAAAUUAAAGGAUAUCUUAAAACCCAAAGUUAGUAGAAGUAACAGUAAACUAGAAGAAAUUGUGAAUCGAAGAAGAUUCAUAUUCAAGGCCUCUAAUAACUCUUCAAAGAAUUCGGAUUUUUUCACAAGACUUGUUAAUAGUUCACCAAAACCUCCAGUUUUAAGGUCCAUACACCACCCGGUUGUUAAUCAUCUUCUUAAACUGUCGUAUAGUUCAAAUUACAGGAGUUACAGAGGAUUAGUGUUGCUUUCUAGCUUAAAGCUAAUAAAGGAAUACUGUGCUCGUAACGGCCCUUGCAACAGGAUAUACACUACAUCGCACUCAAAUAAUCUACUCUCGGACCCUGAUGUCAAGUCCGACAAGGUUUUGUUGGUUUCUAAAAAAGUUCUCCAGAAGGUUGGGAAUUUGAAGUCCUAUGAUAAAGGUCUUCUCGCUGAGGUACCUUACCCAAAACCCUCAUCAAUACUUGGAAUACCAAAAUUGGUAUUAUGCCUUUGUCCAAGCACCAAAAAGACAAAUAGGACUCCGGAUGCUGAUUUGGGUACUUUAAUUCGAUCUGCACAGGCUCUUCAGUGGCAGGCAGUUUGGGUUCUUAAAAACGGAGACAUUGAUCUUCUGGACCCACUAACUAUUCGCUCAUCUCACGUAUACUUAGUAUUUAUAGUUUUAUAUUCACUAUCUACGAUUCCCUACUCGAGAGGAACAAUCCACGAGACGCUGGAGUUUGCGAAAAAGAAUGAUUUGCUUCUUUGUCACUCCUCAAAAGACGGGUUGGACAUAGAUUCUGAACCUGUGUCAGAAAAAAUAAGCUCACACAAGGGAGUUAUGCUGAUGUCAGGAAACCUACCCUAUGUAACAUACCAAUUACCAGCUAUUCAACUUAUUUAUUUAAUCUUAGAGCUGUUUUCAAAGAGCACAAAAUUGUCAGUGAUGCCCAGGUCUGUCUCUUCGGAGGAUAGUAACUCGGUGAUUGUGGGACCAGAAGCGGGUCAGAACAGUUUCUCGGAAGGGAGAAAGUACACAUUAGACGACCAGGUACAAACAGCGGUUUCGAUGUACUUGAUUAAGAAGAUGUUCUUCAACGAUGUUCCAUCGUCGCCCUUCAUCCACUAG